CAUGAGUCCCCAUUUUAUCACCCACACAGAAAACGAAUUGAGAAGAUAACGGAUUACAGGACGGUGCUUUUUCAGGGCUCAUUUCAAUUACUCCAGAUUUUCAUCCAAGAAUCAUCAAGAUGUUGAAAGCCAUAGGUAUUUCUGGGCUUACGAAGAAGAAUAAGAAGAAGGCAAUCAAGCCGUUCAAGAACUACUACAAGGAAUGGUUCAACACCCUCAAGAACUCCCUGCUGCCGCAGCUCAGCCGUGCCAUGGUGUCCUGCUCCUCCCCAACCCUCCUCGCCACCCACGUCGACGCCAUCCACCACCACUUCCAGGCCUAUUACGAAGAGCUCGAUCUCGCCGCCGCCUCAAUCGAUCAGGUCUCUCAUCUCCUCUACCCCGAUUGGCGUAAUUCCCUCGAACGGCCCUUUCUCUGGCUCGGCGAUCUGCACCCUUAUCUCUUCACCAACCUCCUCAGAUCGUUCCUCGAAGACGAAGAGUCGGAAGGGAGUUCCGAUAACGGCCGGACGGCCGCGAAUUUCCCGGAAAUCUGCCGGUUUCUUGACGCGAUGCCGUGGCAGGUUUUGAUGGCUUGGAAGAGUCCCACCAACACGUUGAUGGCGAAGGUGGAUCACAUUGAGUGUGGGUUGAGGCUAAUGGUGCCUUCUCUGGCGGCACGUGCGAGGAACGCGCAAGCCCUGUUCGUGGAGAGGGUGGGAUUUGAUUGGAAGAAGUUUGAUGGGAGGAAGGAGAAGAUGGAGGGAGCCAUUGAGGAGGCACUGACUGGUGAGAUGGAAGAGCUGGUGAAUGUGUUUUUGGAUGCUAAUCGGCUCAGGAAAAGUGCGCUUGCGGAUAUCUUGAAUGCCACCAAUGUUUAUCAGGCUGCCCUGUUUUUCGAAGCUCUGGCACGGUUUCUAGUUGGGUUUCAUGAUCAGAAACUGCUCAAGGAGUUUGAGAAAUGCAAGUUUCCUAUCAUUUGAGGGGGAAAAAAAAACUCUCUGGAUUUUUAUCAAUAGUGGAGGUUUUGAAGAGAAUUUUGUACAUUGUUCUGUGUUGGUGAGCAGCAAUUCCUUGAUGUUCGUUUUCCAGGAGCUUCAACAGGUUCUAAGGUUUGGCUAGCUGCUGUUUUGAGUGCUUUCUGUACCUUUUUAGUUCUUAGCAAUUUUGAACUGUUCAUCCUUCUGAAUUGUGUUUAGGGAUAUAGUUCUAAUUCCUCAAAUUUGGACCAUUUUGGUUCCAGUUUUCCAAUUUUUUGAGGGUGACAACAUCUUGUAGAAGUAGGUUCAGGAGUUUUGACUAUAGGAAAAUAGUUCAGCUUAAAAGAUGCUGCAUUAGUACUUGUGGUUGUGGAAGGUAUGAAUGAUAUCUUC